AUGGAGAGAGCGUUCGAACUUGCUCAGGAAGCGUUAGAUAACAAUGAAGUUCCUGUCGGCUGUGUUUUCAUGUACCAAGGGAAAGAGAUAGGAUCUGGAAGAAAUGAGAUCAACAACACAAAAGAUCCGACUGCUCAUGCCGAAAUGGUAGCCCUACGAAAGAUGCAAGAUGAGAACCCCAACAUUGGAGAGAUUAUACACGACUUGGUCCUUUAUGUGACGCUUGAACCUUGCAUCAUGUGCGCCUGUGGAUUGUACGAGCUAGGUAUCUCCAAGAUUGUCUAUGCUGCAGCCAAUGAGCGAUUUGGGGGAAUCAAAAGCGUUGGAAACCAUUGCAAAUAUAAUAUAAAAACUACUGCUGUUGAAGUG